GAUUGGAUCAAUCCAUAUCGCUAGUCGUUCCUCAGCAUUUUGGGCUGGACACGAAGACAGCCAUCGUUUGGACACUAAAAGGAAGAAGUUUGGCACUAGUCACUAGUCAGUUGAACAGCUAGUUGUUCAGUCGUAUCCAUGUGCAGCGCAUCUAUCCUGCUAGUCAGCUUGCUGUUUACAGAACGCGCAGAUAUGUACCUAAAUGCAGACGAAUUCAAUGUUCCUCGUUGGCGUUCAUGAAUUGGUUUGUGUGCAGGAUUGUGAGCGCUCGCUUUUGCCAGGUGUUCCUCUUCGUGUUCCCCAUUUGUUCUCCAAACAUGUGAAAUCAAGACUUGAAGCUUCUUCGCAGCCUCGGGUGUCGCAGUCUUUCACCAGUCGCCGCUGUGCACUAGCGCAUCCAGGUGACACAGAUGAUCGGUGAGAUGGAGAAGAAUAUAGGCAAUCUAUCCAGGAGUAACUCAACUGAUAGCACUGGCUGCGACUGUGGGUCUCAGUCUCGCUCUGGAUCUGCUGGCUCGCUUGGGAUGCCCACCACUCCCAAGCAGGAGCAAGCUCAAGGGUUGCAGGAACUCCUUGAGUUGAACUAUCCCUCACCAGUCAUUGUAGUCCAUGAGGACGGGCUUCCCGAGCAGUACCAAAUCUGUAUUCGCAAUACCUUCCUGGAGAUGAAGGAUGUUCCGACAAAUGCUGGAGAUCUUCCAAACAGAGAGGUUUGCUCAUGCCCUGUCAGCCGGAUGGUCUCAGCGCGCUCGGACGGUGCUUCGAAAGCAGAUGCCCAGGUCCCCAAGCAGCAGCCAGAUCAAUCAGAAGAUAUUUGUGAAACUUCGACUGAGGUUUGGGAGCAUGAGAUCCACCCAGAGUUGGAAAGUGUUAGUCAGGAGGAGAACAAUUGGAGUGUGCCUGCAAAGCCACUGAAACAAUCCCGACCCGAGGCAUUUAAGCAGGCACUGACGCUUGGCCUGGUAAGUGCUGCUGGAUCAUCUUGGAUGUUCCAGCAAACCACCGCCCCAAUGCCUGUGCGAUGUCCACAGGUUGGUGCACCCACAGCUUUCUCCAUUCCACGUGUGAUGUCGCCGUUGGUUGCGCCACCUCAGCUCCAAGCGCCGAUGAUUCGGGAGGUCACUGCACCACCACCACCGCAACAAGCGCCCUCAUUUCCACCUUCGGUGUUUUCCCAGGUUCCCAUACCACCAGCUCCGCAGCGUGCCCCGUCGUUUCCAUUCUGCAGGGAGGAGAUUGGCAGUGAGAAGUGUCCGUCUGUCGGAUCAAUUGACCACGAACUUGGCACAUGUAAGCCCUGUGCAUUUGUGUUCAAGAAGAACGGGAAGCAGGGCUGCGACAGUGGAAAAGACUGCAAUUUUUGUCAUCUUUGCCCUCCAGGUGAAAAAAAGCGUCGUCGAAGAGGCCUAAUUGAGGCUAGUUAGACCAUACCUCCGAGGAGAUAGGUAGCACCUGAAUCUUUCGGGGAGCAUCGCAUUGUGAGCGAAUCCUUGCAAACACUAUUUAACUGCAACAUUCGGGCUGGCAGCGAGCUCAGCACUGAAAAUGUUCCAGUUUCUAGAAUUGACAGCCUGCAACAGCCUGCUCGGGGGUGCAAGUUGGCA